AUGUGGCGCAUUUCAUUCUCCAUUGCCGAGAAAGAAAUUCUGUCCGAUUCUUCAGACGACUUUAAAGCAUGUUACCGAGUAUUAAAGUACGUCAGGGACAGCGCUGCAGACAACCUCGGUUUGGAAACAUCCUUGGUUCCUUCUUACGUGUUUAAGAGCGUCUUGCUCUCUCGGUAUUUUGCAGCUGGUGCGGAGUCCAAGGAACAAGAGUAUUGGCUCGAACAAGUAGAAGACACCUUAGAUAUCGUUUUAAGGCUGAUUAAGCAUGGAGAUAUCCAGAAUUUCUUCCUGUCAGGAUACAAUCUAUUGUCCACGACUGACCACAAGAACAAGUUGCGACAGAUCAUCGUGGAAAACAUGUUGAGUCUCGUGAAGGGUUUGAAGAUGACACACACUCGAGAAGAAGUUAGAGAAACGAAAAGGCAGAUCAGAGUGCUAGAAAGUGUAGAUAUCCUUGAUUUCCUUUUGUCUGAAGGUGUUGCUGGAAGAGAUAUCACUGCGUUUUUUAAUAAACUGUUUGUUAACAUUGAUGAUGUUCCUACAGGAGGGGGCGAUAGAAAAGACGUUAAGUUCCUUGAGCAGAUCACAGAUCUUGAUGAGUUAGACCUUGAUGAAGAUGUCUAUGUAAACCUCAUUCAAAAAUGGGCUGCGCUGGAAUAUCUUUUUGACCAACUGAUUCUUUUCCUUCCAGAGGAAGUGAAAAUUUUGGCUCGUAAGUUCUACAUCAGAACCUGGGAAAAAAGAAAGAAAUUUGAACGGGAACAUAAGGGUUGCCGUGCCUACCCAAUCAAGCAAAUAACAGUUCGUGACGCUGCCUGCCAAUACAUAGUGUCCCAAUUCACGGAUUACAUCGACGAAAAGGGCUCUCGUGGUGGAAAUUGUUACUCAAAUCUGCGCAAAGCAAUUCCUCCGCGUUACACAUCUCCAGAAUUCCUUCAGGAUGUCGCUGACAUAACCUUGGAAGACGGAAGUGAACGAGGUUGUGUGGUAUUCAAAGAGCGCCUUUUGCAAUACAUGUCCCUGGUCCCCGAAUCAGUAUUAAUAUCGCUUCUGGUUGGCUACAUAAGCCAGAUAUUCGUACAUGGCCAAGAGUUGUUACGACGCAAACUUGAUUACAUCAAACUGCCGGAGUUAGAUUUAGACUGAAGGCAAAAUUCUUCACAGACAAUGUUUCUAGGAUGCAGGAUGAUUGUUGUAGUCAGAUCACAGCAUUAUGAAACUCUCGGUUGUUGCCCUUGAAAAAUUUUGUUGUGGCGUUCGGGACGUCUUCCCGAAACCCCGAGCUUGUUUCAGACCAAACUUUGCGAUUUUCCAUCUGAACCAGAAUUGCGUCAUCAUGUUGCCAUGGAUACGUCGAACUCAAAAACGACUUUUUUGGAAACUCUAAACCAUAUGCCACAAAUAGGUACAAUGUGAUCUCCUGCUUUGUUUAAGGCAUUUUAAAAUUAUAUUCGUGUUAAAAGACGGUUUGUAUACUGAAAAACCUUAAAUGCAUUGGCGGCUGACAAGAGAGUCGGAAUAAUUAAUAUAUUUCAUUUCCCACAUCUGACAUGGGCUAUUUGGUGCAUGAUUGUACAAAGCCAAGAACAUUUUCCAGUUGUUGGGUAACCUGUUCCAACAUGUAGCGCCUCUAAAGGCAAAAGAUCGCUGCCCAGUUUUCAAUCUGCAUCUCGGCAGAUUCAGAUCUGUUUUAUAUCGUGUGUUUCUAUCAUGAUGAGCUAGUCUACGUGUAAAUUUUUGACUAAGAUAGUCUGGUGGUCGACUAUUUAGGUACUUAUACAUGGUCCAUUUAUCAGCAAUAGGAAGUCAUAUAAGUGACUUCUGUCCUUCAGAAAUGUGAUCAUACUUCGGGAGACCAAGAACUAUCCUGCCGGCAAAGUUCUGAACUAAUUGCAAUCUUUUAAAAUUUGUUUUAGAGCUGUUGCUCCAUACGGUGGAACAAUAAAGCAAUUUACGGAAAACAAAAGCGUUAAUUAGUAAAAGUAGCGUAUUUCUAUCAAGAAUGUGCUUCAGAUUCUGUUGAUCCUAAUUAAUCUAUGCACGCAAUCUGAAACUAUUUUGGUCACUUGUUCAUUAUCACUUAGGGAGGAGUCAAUUAUUACUACCAGAUGCUUGUCCACAGAUACAGGUUAAAUUACUUUGCCCAGUAAACCAACCGGCGGAAAAGAUGGCAGGUUUCUCGUAAGCUUAUAUUAGUCUUAUCAGGUUUAAUGACUAGCGAGUGCACCUGCACCAAUCCCGCUGUCAUGGUGACUGUUGGGGUGCCACGGACUUAGCAACCCUUUCCCUCCAAUUCAUUUUGUAUUUAUUGUUUUUAGCCAUCGCUAGACUUCAACCCUGUCCACUGACAGAUGUUANGUUUCUCGUAAGCUUAUAUUAGUCUUAUCAGGUUUAAUGACUAGCGAGUGCACCUGCACCAAUCCCGCUGUCAUGGUGACUGUUGGGGUGCCACGGACUUAGCAACCCUUUCCCUCCAAUUCAUUUUGUAUUUAUUGUUUUUAGCCAUCGCUAGACUUCAACCCUGUCCACUGACAGAUGUUAUACUUCUAACGCGUCUUUUGUCGUCCUCUUCUUCUCCCUCCCUGCACUGUUCCCGGUAAAAUUGACUGGUAAGCCCUGUUGAUCUUGCUACAUGUCCAAACCACUUUAACUUGCGUUUCUUUACCGCUGUUAAGAUGUCGUCGUAGGGCCCGAUGGUUUGCCCGAUUCUGUCUUUGACUGCAUCGUUAGUGAUGUGGUCUCUUAUGAGAUGUCAAACAGUUUCCUAAAGCAUCUCAUCUCAGUGGCCUCCAAUUUCUCCACGAAGUCGGCUGUCAAUGUCCAGGUUUCGCAGGCUUACAACAGUACUUAGACAACCAGGAAGAGCAUAAGUCUGAUCUUUGAGCUAAGAGAGAUAUGCUUAUCGUUCCAGAUGGUCUCUAGUCUCUUGUCUGUGCAAUUCUGGGGAGUAUUUCAGGCUUGGAACCUUGAUCUAUGACGAAUGCGCCCAGAUACUCUCACUGUCAACCUUGUCCAAUUUUUCACCGUUGAUGCUGAUGUCAAAGCUGAUCUCAUUUGUGAUGUUGGUUAUCAGUUUUGUCUUCUCUGCAGAGGUGCAGAGGUCUUAUCCAGGCGACCCAACAGAAAGGUUAGUUCCUCCUCUUUUCCUGCCAAGCCAUCAAUGUCGUCGGCAAAACGUAAGUUGGUUAUUGUUCUGCCUUCGAUGCUGACUGUUCCUUGACGAUCUUCUAGUGCGUCAGUCAUAAUUCUGUCCAAAAAGAUGUUGAAAAGAGUCGGUGAGCGCACACAGCUUUGCUCACUCCGACUCUAGUUCUGAAUCAGUCUCCUAUGGCGCCAUUAAAGGUAGACUGCACUAGUGGCCUUGUUGUAGAGAUUCUUUAUUACUUGAAUCAGGUUGGCGUUACUUCUAUCAGUCUCUUAAACGCCCAUAUUGCCACGAAAAGGUUUAUCUUAGUCCCACGAUGCGGAUUUUAUAUAAAUCUGCUAAGCCCAGACAACAACGACAACGACUACGACAACUCGCGACAAAAGCCUUGGGCAGGUGGAGGGGGGAUGGGAACGCUUAGAUUUGAUUGAGUUAUUAUCUCUUUACAAAAUCGCACCAUUUUACGGCGUCAGUACUUAAUGGAGCCCAAACCUUGGAAAUUGAAACAUUCUCAGUCUUUCAAUUUUUUCAAGUUUUAUCGCUCUAUCUACAAGCCUUUGAUACUAUACACUGUAAUUGCUCACGUGAGUCCAUUAAAUCGAUUAAUGAUCCAUUGGACCUGCCAAAAUUAAAAAGAGAAAAACGUAUGUGCAUUUUGCUUUUCGACGUUGUAUAGUUAACAACCUACUGAGGACACCACCAUGCAUCAGAUUGUUGAAAAUUUCGAAAGAAACGCAAGGUUUAAGGAUGACAACGAAGCCGAAAUUAUUCGACAGAAACUCGAAAGGCUAGUAUCUAGCAUUCAGGUACAAGUUACAAAGCGCGACAAACGCUUGCAAAGCACUUUGAUCCAGAUCGGAAGUGUAUACGAAGGGGUAAAAGUUCAUCGACCUGACGAAUUUGACUUCAAAGUCAGAAUCGACUGUCUCACUAACAAAUCUCUCCUUUAUCCCUGUGAAAACAAUCCAGGAUACCUGAGACUCGGUCAAGAUGAUGAGAAAUGGAAAGAAUUUCAAGAUGAACAAGGCUUCUUAAGCCCUAAUAAGCUGUGCCGCCAUUUCAAACGGCUAGUCAACGAAUCUUGGAGAACCAUAGACGUCCCCGAAGGAAUGGCCAUACAAGAAUUAGACCAAGGCACCAUAGAUGGACCGUGGGGACCUUUGUUCAUCGGUCUGGUUGGAGGCGAGGGCCGCCCGUCUGAGGUUAUGUACAUUGAAUCGCACGGCCCAGCUACGACAAUAAAAGUUUCAUGGAACGGUGGUAGCAGUUACAGUGAUUUAAUUAUAAGUGUUGAUUUGACGCUAGCGCUGGAAUACGCCAUUUCAAAGCUCCCAGUAGGGUUGUCAGACCAGCUUCCACAGACUGUAGCCAGUGGCUAUCUUAAAAGGACUGGUUUCCACGUCGUUCCAGCGGGUUUUGAUAUGUGGCGCAUUUCAUUUGCCACUGCCGAGAAACACAUCCUGUCCGAUACUCCUGACGAGUUUAAAGCAUGUUACCGAGUAUUAAAGUACGUGAGGGACAGUGUCACAAACGACCUUGAUUUGGACGCAUCCUUAGUCCCAUCGUACAUUUUUAAGAGCGUCUUGUUAUCCCGGUAUUUUGCAGCGGGAGAAGAGUCCAAGGAAAAGGAGUAUUGGCUCGAACAGGUAGAAGACACCUUAGAUGCCGUUUUGCAGGGGAUUAUGCAUGGAGAUAUCCAGAAUUUCUUUUUGUCAGGAUACAAUCUACUGUCAACGACUGACCACAAGAACAAGUUGCGACAGUUCAUCGUGGAAAACAUGUUGAGUCUCGUGAGGGGUUUGAAGAUGACACACACUCAAGAAGACGUUAGAGAAAGGAAAAGGCAGAUCAGAGUGCUAGAAAUUGUAGAUAUCCUGGAUUUCCUAUUGUCUGAAGGUCUUGAUGGCAGAGAUACUGCUGCGUUAUGGCAAAAAUUGUUUGUUAAUAUUUAUGAUGUUCCUUCUGAAGAAAGUUAUGAAGCCAAGUUUUCUAACCAGAUUACUAACCUUGAUAGGUUAGACCUUGAUGAAGAUGUCUAUGAAAAGCUCGUUCAAGAAUGGGCUGCCUUUGAAUAUAUUUUCGACCAACUGAUUGCUGUCCUUCCAGAAGACUUGGAAAUUUUGGCUCGUAAGUUCUACAUCCGAACCUGGGAAAAAAGGAAGAAAUUUGAACAGGAACAUAAGGAUAACCCUGCCCACCCCAUUCAGCAAUUAGCUAUUCAUGAAGUUGUUUGUGAACAUAUCGUGGAGUACGCUGAAAAUUACAUUGAUGGAAAGGGCAAUACUGCAGCAAAUUGUUAUUCAAACCUUCACAAAGCACUUCCUCCUGGCUACAGAUCCCUUGGAUUUCUUCGGGAUAUUGCCAAUAUAACCUUACAACAGGGAAGUGAUCGAGGGCGUGCAGUAUUCAAAGAUCGCGUUAAGCAGUACAUGUCAUUGGUUCCUGAAUCAGUAUUAAUGUCAGUUGUUGUUGGCUAUCUUAGCCAAAUAUUCUUUCAUAGCAAAGACGUGCUACGACGCAAACUUGACUACAUCAACAUUCCGGAGGUAGAUCUCCAUUAA